AUGGAACAUGGGUGUUGGGAAAGGCCCGAGGAUAUGGACACACCACGGAACGUGUAUAAGCAGCCAUCAAUGUAUUCAAUUUUGCAGACCGUUAUAGAGGCUCUUAAUUCUGUAAUUUGUCCAUUUUACUGUUCUUAUUCUGGACACAAUGAUGAGUUACUUUGGGGUGCAUCAUGGAUUUAUAAAGCUUCUGGAAUAAGUUCCUACAUGGAAUUCAUACAAUCCAAUGAAUACAUAUUAGGUGCUGCUGAUGAUGGUUACACCUUUAGUUGGGAUGACAAACAACCUGGAACUAAAAUCUUACUUUCAAAUGAAUUAAUGGAGAAAAAUUCUGAAGAGUUCCAGUUAUAUAAGGAUCAUGCACACAAUUUCAUUUGCUCUCUAGUACCAGGAACUCCUGGUUUUCAGGCUCAAUACACCCCAGGGGGAGUUUUGUAUAAAGGGAGUGCGAUAGCAAUUUGCAGUAUGUGA